UUUUUUUAAAUAUUUCAUUUAUGGAACCGAGACCUGUUGACAGUCCUGACCCUUUAAAGCGCGCCGCUAAACGUCCGUUGCAUGUGACUGGAAGUUCGGAAGAAGGGAGUUCAUCCCCAAAGAAGAAGUACAACACAACAUGGUUAAAGCGUUUAGAGGGUGACAUUUGUCCAAUUUGUUUGUCUGUAGUCUCUAAUAAAUGGGCUCGGCAUUGUUCCACAUCACACUCAGACUUUGUUUCAUCUCCUUAUGAUAAUGUGUUUAUUGGCGAAGAAAAGGUUAAGACGUUUGUUGUGAGUUGUGUUCUUGCUUUGGGAGGAACUAAUGCUUAUGGACAGCAAUUAGCUGAUAUAAUUGUAUUUGCCGAUAAGAAUGGUUUUUACAAGUAA